UUGGUUUCCGUCAAAAUUCGGGAAAAAAACGGAAGUCACCAAAAAUUCUUGUCCAUUUUUUUUUCCUGUGGAAAAAAAGCGACGCCUUGAGGAGACGUCACAUGAUUUCGGGAAUGUGGAGACGAAUGUCUUAACUGUCUGGGUUGGAUUUAAAUCUUUUCACAUCGGAGUGUUCGCGCUACGUCGCGGGGCGGGGUGUGUGUCCUCUCCUCUCUCUUCCACACACAGAGGUGUUUGUCUUGUCAUGACAGCCAUGGAGAGAUUAGAGGAUACGUCUGAGCUCCAGUCCCGGCUGUCAUCCUUGUCCUUUUCGUCGUUUCCCGGAAUAGCAUCCAAACACUGCAACAGCACCCCUCCGAACAGGCUCCAGAAUACAAAUCUUUCAGAGAGCAUUUCCCAGUCCAAACCCCAAUCUGAUAUGGAAGAAACCAAGAAGGAUUCAGAGCAGCUUCCAAAGAACAGUGAAGAGUCCCCUGCUGAGCUGGCCCUGGGGGAAGGAGCAGAGGAGAACAACAGUUCUGGGAGCUGUCAGCUCUCCUCUGAGAUGAAAGCCCAGAUGCCACCCCUGCCACCCCCCACAACUUGGACAUCUGCUGCACUGAAGGAGCUGAAGGCAAAACUUCGUCCAGAGAAAGACAGCGUAGUGACAGUGUAUCGAGGUGACAUCAUGACAGUCCACGUCCCUACUGUCCCUGAGGCCAAGAAAGUGUGCUGGGAGUUUGCUACAGACGGUUACGACAUCGGCUUUGGCAUUUAUUUUGACUGGACCCCUGUGACGAGCCGGUCUAUCACCGUGCACAUCAGCGAGUCGAGCGAUGACGAAGACGAAGAGGAGGAGCUGGAAGGAGCUCUUGGCAACGAUGACAUCGAGAAAGGCUCCAAAAGUCAAACUAACUCCAACUUGUCUGAAAUCCUUCCUGUGUACCGCCAGGAUAGCCACUUGUCUGUCCAGGGAGGGAGCCAUGACUUUCCAGGUGAAGGCACUUACCUCCUAAAGUUCGACAACUCCUACUCCCUUUGGCGAAACAAAACACUUUAUUACAGGGUGUAUUACAGUGCCUGAUAGCCAAUGAGUUGCUUAUGAAUGUAUAAUAUUAAUCUCAAGUACACUGAACUAUUUUUGAUUGGGAAAAUUUAAAAAGUUGAUUUGAGAAAUUUAUUACAGGCAUAUCUAUUUUUUACCUGCUUUUGUGUUUCCGUUUAUGUGAAGUUACCAAGUUUUCAUCUGCUUUUGCGUCUUGUGAUAUAUUUUAAAAAAGCCUUGCAUAUGUGCCAUAUUCCCAUUUAUGCCCUGUGCUGUUUGGUCAAGUGCCCGUCCUAAAACUUCUAUCGUCUCCAUCUUUAUUUGGUAGCAGCGAUCAGGGAACACCUGCGUGGAGUGUUUUUCACCACACCAGGUGCUUAAAUCGCUAAAGAAAUGCACUUAUUUCAUGUGUGUGUGUUUACGUGUGCUCCUUUUUGCUCAGUAUCAAUCAUUCAUGUUUGUAUUGUACCUUAUUUUGGGUGUGUUGAGUCUAAUAAUGUUAUAAUGACACUUAAAAUGAAACAAAAACUAUUUGCGUUCAUGAUAGCGUGUUAGUGAGAGAUAUGUUGAAUGUACUAAAAGUGAGCGAUAGUUUUCAGAGGUUGCUUUUUAUGACAAAUAAAAGUCCUUAUCAAAUAAAGCUCUUAUGUAAUAGAUUCAAUAUUUAUCUUUGCUUUGCCCGUGUUUUAUUUAGCUGUUAUAAAGGGGGAGACCAGCUGUGUUUCAUGUUGUAUGUGAGUUUGAAAAAAAGAUCACUGUGCUUACUUUUCUGUUUUUUUUCUGUAUUUGACCAUCAUUCUUUCUAUGAUUGACCUUUGAAUCACUUGUGCACUUCCCAAAGAUGUCCCAGAUUUGGCUGCUACUGGUGUAUGCAAUGUAAAGCAACAGAUUCAAAGCUUCACAUAUUGCUGUGCCGUACAUUCACUGUAAUUUUAUUGUCCCUGAAAUUUAUAUUCCACAAUAAAGAGAAGAUUAUAUA